UUCAAUCUUCUUUAUAUAUAUAUAUAUAUGUAUAUGUACACACACGUCCACAUAUCCUACCACCCUUUCUUCAGAUCUAACAACACGAUUCUCAGCCCUUCCACACGAACAUGAGUCGUAGCAACUACUCCGCCUCAAACUACUCAAUCAUUCCUCUGCGCCGUACUAUCUCAGCACAUCAGCCAAAUGCGAAUCGCGAUCUUCCCAAUUUCUACUCUGUCAUUUUCCAUGAUGAAGUCAUUCAUGUCACCGUCGCCAAAAAAGCUGCUCAUGUCAAUCAAUGGAUAUCCCGCAUUUGUCGUGUGCACUGCCGAUGUCCUCAUUGCAAACUUAUUGUCGGUCUUGACACCGAGUGGCGUCCCAGUUUUGUCCGCGGUCAGGAACAUGACGUCGCUAUUCUUCAAAUCUGUGUGGGCCAACAGUGCCUCAUUUACCAACUUCUCCACACUGACUGCAUUCCAGCCUCUCUCCACGAGUUCUUGGCUGAUCCUCAGCAUACAUUCUAUGGCGUUGGUGUUAGAGAAGACGUCAGGAAACUGUUCCGUUCUCAUGGCUUGGCUGUGAAAAAUAUUACAGAUCUAAAUGAACUUAUCAACGGAGAGGACGAAGAUGAGUACAAGCCCAUCGGAUUGAAGAAAAUGGCUUCGACAGUUCUUGGGAAGGAGAUGAUGAAGCCGUUGCGGGUUACGCUCAGCAAGUGGCAUUCUCUUAAUCUUAGUUUCGCUCAGAUUGAAUAUGCUGCCAUUGAUGCCUUUGUUUCCUUCCAAAUUGCGGUGUCAUUGUGCUCAUCAACUGUCAAUUGAAAGAAUUAUAAGUUUUAAGAAACAUU